AUGAAGUGCUCCCUUGGACUCUCUAGCGACCUCAUCUGCCCCCUGUCUGCCUCCCCUGGCACUCUGGAUCAUUUCCACUGCUCAGCAUACAACGAGGAAGGCGAGUUCACAGAAAACAAUGAAUACAAAGUGACUCUGCACACCAGCUCCUUGGGAGAGCACCACACCCAUGUCGUCUUUAUGAUGUAUAAGCCCAGAUUGCACAUUGAAUGUGAUCCACCCUUUGAUCUCCAAAGCAAGUGCAGUGCCAACAAAUGCCGAGUCCAGUGGAAGAGGCCAAAGGCCUAUGAGGAGAUUUUGAAGGACUGGCAGUGGGAACUGGCAUUCAAGGUCGUUCAAGAACCCUGGGAGCAAGCACAGAGAAGGGUCUUUGUCAACACAGAAACCUGGGUGGACAUAGAAGGCUUUGAGUUCAAGAGUGGCAGAAAUUAUGUUGCAAGAAUGCGCUGCAAAACACCAGACGUGAAUAAGCACUAUGGAAGCCAAUGGAGCCCAUGGAGUUCUUCUGUCACUUGGAAAGCUCACCGAGGUGACUGGCAGCAGCUCGAUGCCCAUUUUCCCAAGGCGGCUCCCAUCUAUUUCCUGCUCUGCCUUGGCACACUGUUGCUGUUCCUGGCACUGGCCUUCACACUUUUCAGGAGGGCCAAGAGCAGCUGCGGGGGCAGCAUCCCCACGCCGGCAGCCUUCUUCCAGCCCCUCUACCUCGCCCACGACGGGAAUUUCAAGGGCUGGGCCGGCCUGGCGGCGGCAACAACACACGAAAACGAGGCUGGCUGGCGGAGGAGCGGCGGCGAGGCAGAGGCGGCGGCGGCGCCGGGCGCCCUCCGCAGCGAAGGCCGAGCCGAGGAGCCGCCCGAGAGCAGCCCCGGCGCCCGUGCCGAUCUGGGAGAGCCGGAAAGGUCGGUCCCGGGCUUUGCAGCCGGCGAGGCGCGGCCCCUCCAGCCCCGAGCCGGCGGCACCUUACCUGGCGCGGUUGUUUUCCGGCCGAGAGAUGGUGAUUCUGGGCCUGGAGUAUGGAAUCGACGCGAAGGUUUUGCUCCUGGGAGUAGCAGCCGAUUUGCCGAGUUGGGGCUCGCUUAA